AUGGGAUAUGUCCACAGACGAUUGGUCUCGACGGCCGCAAGAAUAGGCUCAGUUUCGAUUUCGCAUCUCCCAAAGUUCCCCCCAAAAGAGGCAUUAUACGUCCCAGGUACUUCAGCUACAGCCUUCAAUCCUGAAGAAUGGGCAGCACUACAACCUCCACCACCUUCUGCUCUAUCCGCCUUUGUCCAUAGAAUAGGCCUUUCAUCAAUCCUUGAAUCUCCCGACAUCAUACAACAAGCAUGCACUCAUCACACUUUUCUGCAACUCUAUCAACAACAUAAACCUCGCGAUCCGGCUCCAGCUACAAAUGCACAACUUGCUGCAAUCGGAAAUUCAUUGAUGGGGCUUUUUGCAACAGAAUUUUUAAGAGCCACAUAUCCGUAUCUUCCGACACGAGUCAUGAAGGCUGCAGUCAGCGCACACGUUGGCCCUCUGACUUGUGCAAAUGUCGCACAAGAAAUGGGAGCAGCGCCUCUCCUAAGAUGGCAUAGAUCUCGUGGAACAAUUACGAAACCUGGUGUUCUUCAUUCUGACGCGUUGGCCUCGAUACCUCGAGCUCUGACUGCUUUGGUCUAUCAAAAACGCUCCCUUCCUUCUGCGCGUCAAUUCGUGCAUUCAUACUUUCUUGGUCGAGAAGUGGACAUUCGAGGAAUGAUCAAGUUUCUUGACCCCAAAAAAGCGCUUUUAGAAAUGGUAGAAAAAUUCGGCAGAGCACGACCGAAGUCUAGGCUUCUCAAAGAGACUGGCCGAUAUUCCAAUGCACCGGUUUUUGUCGUCGGAAUCUACUCUGGCGAAGAGCAGCUGGGAGAAGGUUUUGGCUCUUCGUUGAAGAUGGCUGAGUACAGGGCUGCUGAAGAUGCAUUACAUCGUGUUUACCUUACGAAGACGCCGUCCGACCUCGUCCAGCUACCGUCACAAACAUUCCCCCUCGGUGUGGGUGAUGUAUAUCGAAAAGCACCAGAGGGCAAAUACGUCGCGCCGAACUUGGUCGAGUCGGAAAUUAUGUACGCGAGUUCGGGGAACAGUGUAGAGGUUGCCGGGGAUAUAUCAUAG